AUGUCCAUGAGUAGUGGAAGAUGCAACAGGAACAGCAAUGAAGCUGGUACUAGCUGGGGUGACAGAAGUGAAUUAUCUGUGAGGUACAAAGUAGUUGCAGUUCUUCACUAUGAAACUGAUACUGGGGUUACAGGAAAAACAAAUGCUUGGAGGGAGAUUCAAGACUUCCCUUCAUGUGUCCCUUUCACUGGAACAGGAAAAUUUGUGAAUGGCACUCUGAACUCGUUGGUUUCUGAUGAGUCCAAUUGGUUUAUUAAUUCUCUAGAUUUGGGGAAGGAGAGUUAUCAAAAGCUUUUGCCUCCUGAUGAUGGAAAUGAGCCUGAGAAUUUUUUGGGGGUGUUGAAGGAUUGCUUGUGUGUCAUGUGUGGAGAUUCCCUGGUUUGGAAUGUUUGGCUUAUGAAGGAGUAUGGAAAUCAGAAGUCUUGGACUAAACUAUUCAGUGUUGCGAUGGAACUAUUACCCCAUUACAAGGGACUUCGUGCAAUUCAUAUUUCUGAGAAUAAUCAAGUACUGGUGGUGAAGUUCUGUUCAGAGUUAUUUCUUUACGAUUCCAGAGACGGCACUUUGAAGAGUCUCCAAAUACAAAUUCCAGAUGGUUGUAUUUCUAUGUUCGCAGGGGUCUAUGUAGAACCUUGCUUUUGA